AGACGAGACGGGUGCUGAGGGUUUUCUAUAGAGCCGCUGCCAGGGAGCGAGAGGAGCGCACAGGAGGCGCGGACCGUUGCGCCACAGAAAUCUCUGAGCCAGAGUCUUUGCUUGGACUUUGCAUAAGUUAUAGAAAAAAGAAAAAAAACAACAAGUUACCUUUGAUGAGUUUACGAGGAGACAAACGACAAGCAAAGGAGUUAAGGGGAACAUGUGGAGCGUUUUGACGCGCGGUGGGCAAGUUUUGCGCCACUUGCUAUUGUGGCACAAACGCGGUUUUUGUAAAAGUGCCCUUAAUAUGAGUAACUGUUAAAGACAGUGGUAUGAAGUCACUUGAUAUGGCAUGUUUCCUGCGUUGUGUCCCCGUGCUCAGGAUUGCGACCCAUGGGAUGUAGUAAAUGGAGAGCUGCGUUCAACUUUGGACACCUGAAGGUGCAGUCCAAGCUGUCCGUCUUCUUUACCAUGAUCAUUCUUUUCACUUACCUCUUCUACUGCCUCAACGGAUACUGCGAGUCCCUACCCAGGCCAGUGUAUGACCAACAAAGUCAUCUUCACAACAAAAUCAUCUCAGACGAUGGACGAGAAACGGAGCAGCUCGGCGCGUAUGACGCGUCCCCGGUCUCGUUUGUCCGUGAACAACUGUCGGACUUGUCGAACAGCGGCGGUCCAUCCAACAACAUCUCUAUAGCUAAUAAUUUCGGCAGCAAAAAGUUUCCUCAGGCCAUCAUCAUCGGGGUGAAGAAGGGUGGCACUCGGGCUCUGCUGGAGUUCCUGCGCAUCCACCCGGACGUGAGAGCCGUGGGCGCCGAGCCGCACUUCUUUGACCGCUUCUACGACAAGGGACUGGAAUGGUACAGGAACCUGAUGCCUCGGACUCUGGAGGGUCAGAUCACCAUGGAGAAGACCCCGAGUUACUUCAUCACCAAAGAAGCCCCUCGCCGUGUCUUCUCCAUGAGUCGUCACACCAAGCUCAUCGUGGUGGUGCGAGACCCUGUGACCCGGGCUGUUUCUGAUUACACACAGACUCUGUCCAAAUCUCCAGGGCUCCCAUCCUUCCAGAACCUGGCCUUCCGCAACGCCAGCACGGGCCUCAUUGACACGACUUGGAGCGCCGUGCGCAUCGGCAUCUACGCCAAGCAUCUAGAGAACUGGCUGCGGUACUUCCCACUCUCACGGUUUCUCUUCGUUAGCGGGGAACGCCUCGUCACGGACCCGGCGGGCGAGAUGGGCCGCGUUCAGGACUUUCUGGGGCUCAAACGCGUGGUCACAGAUAAGCACUUCUACUUCAACCAGACCAAAGGUUUCCCCUGCCUAAAGAAGCCCGAGGGGAGCAGCAGGCCGCGCUGCCUGGGGAAGUCGAAGGGCAGGCCCCAUCCCCAGAUACCCUCUGAGGUACUGCUCAGGCUAAGAGACUUCUACAAACCUUUCAAUCUCAAGUUCUACCAAAUGACUGGCCACAAUUUUGGCUGGGACUGAACAGCUAUGCACCAAAGCUCUUUAACUAUUCAACUCUCAGUACCAGUCUUAUUUGACCAAGAACCAAGCCCAGAAAGGGAUAUCAUUUGUCACAUUGUGUGUCACCAAACCUUCUACUGUGCAAAAUAUGUCUUUCCUACAUUUCUGUGAUAACUCAAUGCCAACACAUACCGGAGAACUGCCUUCUGCUAGGUUUACAGCCACGCUAACCAUGUUUGAGAGAACUUCAUCCCUUGAGAUUUUUCAAUAAGUGCUUGUUUGUGUGUUAAUGCAGCUACAGAAGAAGAGCAAGAAAAGCACAAACCAGACUAAAGCACACUACUUAUUUGUGUAAAACUGGAACAUAUAGCUCCUUUUCUGUUUGAGGAACCCAGUGCAUACCAAAGUUAAAUGUGGCUAAAUCGUAACAAGUCUUAGCCUUAGAUAGGCAAAGGAACAACAAACCAAACCACAGCAAGGAAAGAAGAAAAAGGUUUUGAAUUACGCACAAUGGCUCUAUCCCAAUAGAUGUUUGUGAUGAUCUUACAGAAUCAAAAUGGCAUCGUUUGGUUCACAUAUGGAUGAAUUAAAUGUUUAUACGGUGUAUGCUUUUUCCUAUUUUUCGGUAGCUAUUUCGUCAUUUCAGUGGAAGCUCCCGUUCUGGACUGUCAUUAUUUUUUUAUAUAUAUCUUAAAGCUGUGGCAACAAUGGGAUACCUGGUACUGGUGAAAAAAGGUACCAUAAAUGUAAAACAUAGUCCACUACACGCUGUAAAUGUGCUGUUAUUUAUGUCACCUAAGUGAUGCUCGCAUAUUUACCGACCUGAAAAGAACAUUAACUACUCGUAAGCCUGUGAUUUUAUUUCAUUUAUUUCACACUCAACUCUACAAAUGGUACUUACAAAACAAAUGUGUAUUUCCGAAGGCCUAAUUUAUAAGAAAACAAACUGUUGUUGAGAUGUUUGCUCUGAGACUUUUGUAUUUGAUAUUCCAUUGGAAAUUCUGAUUAAAUCUUUUAUUCUGAUACACGC